GGGAGACAGUUUGUUGUUGGCGCUCGGCGAGAGAGGAGCUGUGGUUGUUAUUGUGUUACGCGUAGAUUUGUGACGAGACUUGCAUUCAUUCAACUCGUGCACUCAUUCAACAGUGGAUUGCGCGUCAGGAAUGGGUUUCAUAAUUGAAUGUAGUUUUCUUGAGAUAUUCUACGCGUCUCUGCUUGUGUUUUUGAUCCUAUACUUAUAUAUUAUCAAGGAAUAUGAUUACUGGGAAGAGAGAAAAGUACCCCAUGUUCCUGCUACGUUUCCGUUUGGAUCCGUCAGGGACAUUAUGCUGGGGCGGUCUUUCUCUGGGUUCGUGUUCGACCGUAUGUACAAACAGUUCCCAGCUGAGCGUUACGUGGGGUUCACUGACAUGAGGGUGCCUGCACUCCUCGUCAGGGAACCCGAGCUCAUCAAACUGAUUCUACAAAAAGAUUUCGACCAUUUUACCGACCAUCACGGAUUCAACAUGAACCCCAAAGAGUACAUCAUGAAAAACCUCUUCUCCUUGAGAGGGGAAGAAUGGAGACGAACGAGAGUGAAGCUGUCACCGGCGUACACUGCCGCUAAGAUCAAGAUGAUGUUCGCUUUGGUGAGGCGAUGCAGUGACACACUGCGUCAAGAGGUUGACAAGUACAUAGACUCCAGUAGCGUCGUGGAUGUCAAAGACUUUAUGUCUCGCUUCACGAUUGAUGUGAUCGCGUCAUGUGCUUUUGGGAUAGAAAUCAAUUCUUUGGUAAAUAGAGAGUCAGCGUUUUACCGUAUGGGCAUUGAAUCUAUGAAAGUUAAAAUGUCUAUGAUGGUUAAAUUAUUCCUUUUGAAUUCAUUCCCGAUUUUUUCCAAGGUUUACUUUUUUAAUUACGUGGAUACCGCAAUCAGCAAGUUUUUCACCGGAGUCAUUCGCUCGGCCGUGGAGUACAGAGAGAAACAUAACAUUUCCACCUACGACUUCCUGGACCUGCUGAUCAAACUGAAACAGAACCAGAGUAUCCUGGAAGAAGGGGAAAAAACCUGGAGAUCUUCCAGAUGUAUUUUACAAUGCUCAGCGCAUGUUCUAGGGUUCACAGUCGAAGAGAUAACAGGCGAGACAUUCCUGUUCUUCACAGCAGGGUUUGAGACGUCAUCAAACACGAUCAUGUUCUGUCUGUACGAGUUGGCUUGUGACAGCAGGAUACAGGACAAACUAUCCUUGGAGGUGGAAGAGGUCCUGAACAGAUACGAAGGUGGCAUAUCCUACCAGGCGCUGCUGGAGAUGACUUACAUGGACCAGGUCAUCAAUGAGACGUUGCGCCGCUACCCACCAUUUCCGUACUUGACAAGGUGCUGCACUGAGGACUAUGAUGUUCCUAAAUCUUCUUUAACAAUAAAGAAGGGUCAUCAUAUAACAAUACCAGUAUAUUCCCUCCAUCACGACCCCGAACAUUUCCCAGAGCCCUUCACCUUCAACCCUGACAGAUUCAGUCCAGAAAACAGCAAAGAUCGACAUCCUUGCGUGUUCAUGCCCUUCGGCGAAGGACCUCGCAUGUGCGUAGGUCAGAAGUUCGGCCUGAUGAAUGUGAAGACGGCCGUGGCCACACUGGUCGCGGACUACCAGAUCAGCCUCACCCCGGAUACUGAAGUUCCCCUCAAGCUAACAAACAACGCCUGCACCACCAUCCCCUUCGUGCCCCUCAUGUUGGUGUUCACCAGGCGGAAGACAAAAAUAUGAACAAUUCUUUGUCUGUGUUUAAUAUGAUGUAAAUAGAAUAAACAUUUUGAUCUGUGA